AUGCUUGAUACACUAAAGGUCAGAUUUUUAGAAGAACUCAACGCCCAAAGUGCUGAAGUUGAGCUCUUUCGAAAAUCUGGCUGUUCAGCCACGCUGAAACAAAUUUUGAGCAGUUUGGCCUGUCUGUUUUAUAGAAUGAUGAUGACCAUGAAUCAUUUCUGCUGCCUGGUUUUGCUUCCGUUUUUCUUUGGUGAGAUUCUAACGGCAGGAGGAGGAAGGCUCCGCUUUGGUGACUGUGAACUGAGUGGUGUGUCUUUCCAGGAACUAAGGGACUACUUUGGUGCAAUCAGAGGAGCCACUCAAACCCAAGACCGCAUGACUGACGUCGUAUUGCUGAAGAGAGUUGCUCUGCAAGGAGUCCCGAUUUCAGAGAGCUGCUGCUUACUCCGCCAUUUGUUGAGGUUCUACGUCGAAAGUGUUUUCAAGCACCAUGAAGCAACAAGCUCCCUACUUCGCAGAAGAACCAGUAGGCUGUCUAACUCCUUCCUCAGCAUUAAGGGGAAACUGAAACACUGUCAUGAGCAGAGGAAGUGUUCCUGUGGGGAAGAGUCAAACAGUAGAUUUCAACUCAUCAGAGAGGAAUAUGAAAAGCUGGAUAGAAACACUGCAGCAAACAAAGCACUGGGCGAGCUGGACGUUCUCUUCACCUGGAUGGAAGGGAUUAAGAACUAA